UUAGGCUAGGUCUUUUUCAGGGUAGGUCUCAUUUUCGGGAAAACACGGUAUCUCUGUGCUCUCCACCAAAGUGACUAUCACUUUGCUCUCCACCGACCCGUCAAGUGGUUUAUUGGUUGUCACGGCGACUGGACAGCUGAUUGUGAAAUGGAUUACGACUGCGCUGACUUAUUGACACACACGCGACUCGGAAACGGCACUGAAAAGCAGGGAAGAUUAAAUAGCGCACAGUGCAUUCAAAGAUGCUUCGACAAACUAAAUGGCAAUUGGAAGCAUCUGAUGCUGUAAGUUGGCAUCAAGACGAAGCUUUGAAUUCAACUAUAUUUUUACUAAGAGAAAUGGGACCAACCAGUUUUUUGUUGAAAGAAGAAGAAGAAGAUAUGAAACUAAAGGUUAACAUUGGAGAUCCACACAGUUGUACAUGCGAUGUUUUCAAGAGAGAAAGAAACCCAUGCAAGCAUAUAUGCUGGUUAAUUUUGAAGAAAUUCAAGUGGCCAAGAACAAAUGAAUUAUCAUAUCAACAUGGCCUGGUAGAAAGAGAAAUCAAUCAAUUGCUGCAAGGUCCAAAAAAGGUGAAGAAAGAGCCACCCAAGGGAAAUAAAGAUAUAGGUACUUCAGAAAAAGGAACUGCACAACAACGAGCUAUUUCAAAAUUGGAUGUUUGUCCCAUAUGUCAAGAAGAAUUAUUGGAUAUUCAUUUGCCUGUAACAUAUUGCAGAUAUGGUUGCGGAAACAGUGUUCAUAUCAAAUGCAUGAAGAUUUGGGCAGAACAUCAACGUCAAUCAUCUAAAGAUGAUGAAAUUAGAUGUCCAAUGUGUAGAGAAAUUUUUGGAAGCUUUUAUAAAUUGCUUGAAGAACUUCGGAAUGCUUCUGGCGAUGAUAUUGAAGCAUACAGACUGGAUGUUCAUUUUUCAAUUUCUUGUAAUGGAUGUCAAAUGUGUCCCAUAAAAGGUAAAUGCUACAAGUGCACAACAUGUUCUUCCUUCUAUUUAUGCAAUACCUGCUUCCACGGUAACAAACAUAGGCAUCAUUCAUUUGAAUUUCGUCUAAAAAGAACAAAUCGUUGGCGCCCUGCAAAGUCUCGACUUCAAACAGAUCGGGAACUCGCUAUUAUUAAUGAUUUGUCCACUCGUGAAAUUACAGACAAUGAUUACGAUUUAUUACUGCAAUUGGACAGCUCAAGUGGAGACACAGCUCCAGUUGAUUUGUGUGGAUUACCUGAACAUGUCAUCAACACUCUUCCAAUGAUGAAAGUCAGACCUGGAGCUAAACUACUUGUGCCUGGCAAGCAAUGUAGAAUAUGUUUACGAUCAUACGAGGUUGGCGAAUAUGUGAGAAAAUUACCAGAGUGUAAACAUAUAUUUCAUCGAGAAUGCAUUGAUGAUUGGCUUUCAGAAGAUCACAGGAGAUGUCCAAUUGAUAACAGACUGGUGGUGGGAAUGCAUCGUAGACAACAAAGUGCAACUUCAACGAGUAGACAGAGAAGCAGGCAACAAGAUAUUGAAGCAACUGAUAUGUCUACAGAAUUAAUGAUUCCUGGAAUAGGAAUUGCAAAAUUACAGAAUAUGCAAAAUCAGAAUGACAGGAGGUAUAAUGCUGAUGCAAGGAAUGCAAGCAACAUAGACAACCGAACACUUUCAACUGCAACUAAUUAUCAGUCAUCAAGUUCUGUAAACCCUGUUGGAAUCACAAUUGAAGAUGUUGUGAGUGGCUGUCACACACUUAGUUUAAGCAGAAAGGCCGAGUUAAACCAUAGAUCACGUCACUUAUCUCUUCCUCCUCAAAACCCGUUGCAUGUGAGACAACGAGCUAAAAGUCGAUCAAAUCAUGCAUUUACUCCAAAUGGAAUUGCAAAAGGAUCAGUUGUCCGAUCUAGAAACCGAUCAUUUGAACGGAAGACAGCUCCACAUUCUUCCCAAGUAGAUCUAUGGUUGACGGGAAAUUCUCCUUUGUCCGGAACGGAUUUACAAAGUAUUCGACCCAUGACAUUUGAUGAUGACCUGCCAUAGAAAUAUUUAUAUCAGUUCUACGCCAAGCAUAAGCAGCAUAUUGGUGCAUUCCAUCAGAAGUAUGUGUUCUCAAAACUGUACAAUCUAUUUGGCGAUGAUUCAAUUGAUAUUGAUGGAUGAUCUGUUUAGUAAGUUUCCCCGCCUGCAGUAUAAAUGUGAGAUUUUAUCCUAAUUCUAUUCAAAAACUGUUGUGGAUUGUUUCUUCAAAAUGGAUUCUUUAUUAUCUUGCUUGCCAGUGUACCUUACAUAAUUUUAAAUUCAUUUAUUUUAUUCACUUUUCAAACGGUUUAUUUUUGUAUUGAAAUAAAUGUUUAUUUUAUGUGUAAGAUUCUAAGCUCUUCCAGUCUCAAUCUGUGUUCAAUUUCAUUUGUGUUUGAAUGGUGUCAAACAUAA